AUGUCUACUUUCCUAGGAUAUGCAAUACGAGCAGCUACAGGCAGAACUUCAUUUCUAUCCAGACUCGCCACUGCCAGAUGCCGCGCCACUGGUCUCCCUCUACCGGCUUUCGCCCAUACGAGGGCGAGUCGCUCAUUCACGCCCUCACCAGAGCAGAAAAAGAUAUCGGUGCUUUCUCGUACUCAGAACGUUGUCGUAUCUGCUCGCCCAGGCGCAGGAAAAACUGCUACAGCCGAAGCCAUUUCCGUCGCUAAUUCUGGUCAGCGCAUAGUCAUCCUCACCUUCUCUAAACAGCUUCAGUCGGAGACCGCACGUCGUCUGAGACCCCACGAGAAUUGCGAGGUCUCUACAUUCCACGGAAUGGCUGGCAAACUGUUCUCCGCUGUAGUAUAUGAUGACAAGGAACUGCGCCGCUUCAGACGAGAGGGAAAGAUACCGGUGUGGACAGACAGGCCUUACGACAUCAUCAUUCUAGACGAGCUACAAGACUGUUCAGAGUUACUAUUCUGGUUCAUUUGCGCCUUCAUCUCGACUAUGACACGUGCCGCCGGUGGACGUGCUCCUCGAAUUGUGGCCCUUGGAGAUGAGCGGCAGGCCAUCCACAGCUUUCGCGGCGGCGAUGCUCGUUUCCUUAGCCUCUCCUCCUAUAUAAUGGGGGAAAUAUCGCCUUACUCGUGGACCGAGCAACCUCUCAGUACGAGCUUUCGGCUCUCCCAUGAGACUGCACGUUUCGUGAACGGAGUCUUUCUCGGUGGUGAACCCUAUCUAGCUGGCUCCCACAACGGCCCGAUGCCAAUAUAUGUGCACGUUAACUCAUUUCAAGAGCGUUUAAUCGCCCGAGAGCUAGCCCCUCUCAUAAGACGUUAUGGUCCCGAGCGAACGGCGGUUCUCGCUCCGUCCGUGGCACGUAGCGACGUAGUCUCUCGGUUCACGAAUUUAUUGUCCAGUGUCUACAAGUUCGGGGUCGCCGAUCCAACCUCAGAGGAGGGGCCUCUCGACGACCUCGUACUCGAGGGGAAAAUCUCAGUUUCUACAUAUCACCAGUUUAAAGGGAAAGAACGCGAUCUGGUUAUAGUCUAUGGCGUCGAUGCUUCUUACUUCAAGUACUAUGGACGUGAUUUACCGGUCGACAUUUGCCCCAACGAGAUCUUUGUAGCACUCACUCGCGCAAAAAAACAGCUCGUCGUCUUGCAUGACCAAUCACAGGAACCAUUGCCGUUCCUCUCCCUUGCUCAGCUCUACGAGACAGGACGCUACAUCAGUCUCGUCGCUCGCGACAUGAAGGAGGCACCACUUCAGAAAGUUUUCUCUCCCAAAACAGUCCGUGUAUCAGAAAUAGCUCGCCAUGUCCCAGAUCAAACUCUCGAAGCCAUCGUUGAAACUCAUCUACAGAUCACCCGAGUCAAUAUAUCAUCACCACCACCCGAACAUAUUGUUGCUCCCGACAAGGUACUUACAGACUCGACCCCUGGCAGAGAACGCUACGAGGCCGUAAGCGACCUGAACGGUCUUGCCGUCGUCGCGGCAUGCGAGUACACACUCUCCGGCACGCUCUCUACCCUUGGUUAUACAGCCGAUAAUACCCCUCACUGUGAUGUUGCCUCCGACAAGCAACAAUUUGCAGCUUGGCUUUGCCGUAAGGCGUGUGUAUACGCUGGAAAGCAGUCAGGAUAUGAGUCGAGGAUACUACAGAUGGAGCAUCACCCGUUUGAUUGGUGUGGACAGGGCCUCGACGCUGCAAGGAUGAGACUCGAGGAGCAGUUAGCAGGAGCGGGCCUGAGAUUGAGAUUCGAGGCUAAAUUGAUGGAAAGGGGAGUCACGAUGACUGGUGGGGAUUCAGAAGUGGAAAAGCCAGAAACAGACAUCCUUGGACAUGCGGAUAUCAUUCAGUAUGGGGGCGAUCCAACUUCUGGUGAAACUGGCGCGGCUUCCACGGCAAAAGCGACGGCGUCGUCGUCGAAAGAACACCAGGAAGAAGUUACGAUCUGGGAAAUCAAAUUCGUGUCGAAGCUGACCCUCGAACACGCUGUUCAAGCAUCGAUCUAUGGCUAUCUUUGGUCCGUCGAGCACAAACAUCCCACCCUGCCACACAUCGUGCUCUUCAAUACCCGCGACGGUAAUAAAUGGGAGAUAAAUGCUUAUGAAGGCGUUGUUGGCGUGAGGAAGCUUAUCGAAGAGGUAUUGAGAGUGAAGUACACGAGUAGGGUUACGGAGACCACUGACGCGUUCUUGAUAAAGUGUUCCAAGGUAAGGGAGGAGGUCCGAAAGUCUGGCACGACGGAUAGGAUAUCUUGAACAGCAGAUAUGCCUGGAUACUCUACUCUAUUGA